GUUUCAUCCCUUUCUCAACCUUGCUUGGAACAGAAGGAUUUCUUGCAAGCGCAGCUUCCAAAAGCAAGCAGCAACCCAACGCCUCUCAAAGCUCCUUGCAAUCCACAGCGCGCACAACGUCUACGCUUUCAAGUAGGCAUCACUGCAAAAGCUCUUCUGGCUCUGGGCAGUAUGGGGCCUGACGCUAUGAAAGAUGCAGCAUCGGCACAGGCGCUUCUGGAUCAUCAGGACCUGGAUCGCGUUGUGGAUGCCUGCACCGCACUCGGCAAAAUGAAGGCGACGCAGGCAGCCGACGAUGUCGCUGCAAAGCUCAAGAGUCCUGAUGCCGAUGUCGUGUUUGCUGCAUGCAUGAGUCUGUCCGAGAUGGACUGCCAAGCACAAGCAGUCGGGGCACUGCUGAAGCACUCCAAUGCACGAAUCCGUGCUGCUGCGGUGAACUCACUGAAGUGCAUGUCGGGGUGCGAGACCUUCUCCUCUGACGUGGUGUCCCUUCUGAAGGAUCAGGACAGCUACGUGAGAUUGGGGGCCGCGGAUUUCGCGUGCCGUCUGGGAGGCAAGGCCUCCAACCUGGUGGGGUCCAUUGGGAAGUUCCUGGAGGACCCUGAGCCCGGCGUGGUGGCGGCGGCUGCGGCUGCGCUGGGUGGCAUUGGGGAGGCGGCAGCCUCGCAGAGUCCCGCGCUGGAGCAGGCGCUGCGGAACGAGGCGGAGGACGCGGACACGCUGCCGCUGACUGUGGCCGGCAUUGCACCCAAGCUCCAGGCGCUGCUGCGAAAGCCCGCUUGCGCGGCCGCCACCGCCUUGGCUAACCUGGGCAGCGCCGGGGCGGCCUCGGCGCCGCGGCUGGUGGAGUGCCUCAACUCCAAGGACUGGGAGGUGCGCGUGGCAGCGCUGCACGCGCUCAGCCGGAUGCCUGCGGCGUGCGCGCGCUACGAGUACCACGUGGUGGAUCUGCUGCGAGACGAGGUGCCUCCGGUGGCAGCAGCUGCGUGCCUGGCGGUGGGGGAGGUUGCUGCAGCCACCACAGGCAACAGCUCCACGGCACGAGCGGUGGCUGAGCUGCUGGAGCAUCCGCAUCCAACAGUCCGGGCUCGCGCGGUCCAGAGCCUCGGCAAGAUGGGGGACGAGGCUCACGCGCACAUCGAGACCUUCGUGUCUCUCUUCGGGGACAGGGCGUGGAACGUGCAAGCGGAGGCCAUCCGCGCAGUGGCCAAGUGCGGGGAGCUGGGCCAGAUGUUCGCGCCAGACGUGUGCCGCAUGACCUACCAGGGCAUCCGGCCUGAGGUGCAGGUGGCUGCCUGUGAGGCGCUUGCGCGCAUGGGCACCCGUGGCUCAAGCUUCAGGGAAGAGGUGCAACAGCUCGAGGAAGACCCUGAGCAGGUGGUCAGGGAUGCCGCUCGGAGGGCUCUGAAGCUCUUCGACCGCGCGGACUCGGCGCUGACCGACAAAGUGCCAGCACUCACGGAGGAGCCUUUGGAACCUGAUGAGUAGCUCAGGGCUCCUACGUAGCAUGCUUGAUACCGCCUCUUCCGGAUUCGAAUAGUAACCUGCGGAGCUGACGUCAUUAAGAU